AUGACUUCCUACCCUCCUGUUGCGCCUCAGAAUGGAGGAACAUUCACUUCCACGAUUCAUGGAUCUUCGUAUCCCUUUAUUCAAACAGCUAAACAUGCGGGUCGUCAUGUUCUGAUCACAGGCGGCGCUAGGGGUAUCGGAAUGAAUAUUGCCCUCUCUUUUGCUAAAGCAGGAGCCUCAGCCAUUGUCGUGGCAGACAUAUCUGAAUUUUCUGAGCAGCUUGUCAGUGAUAUCGCGACUGCCGCAAGAGAAAAGGGGCAUGGUGUCCCACGAACUAUGGUGAUUAGACUCGACGUCACGGAUGAAGACAGCGUGCGUAAAUGCGCCGAGACUAUCGAGAGGCAGUUCAAUGGCAAACUAGAUAUCCUCGUAAACAAUGCUGGUUUUAUGACUCCCGCUCUCCCCGUACCUGACUCUCACACUAGCUCCUGGUGGCGGACGAUGGAGGUAAAUUUGAAAGGAGUGUAUCUCAUGAGCAAGUACUUUGUUCCACUGCUCGUCUCUACUCCAGAUGGGUUAAAGACCAUGAUCAACAUCAACAGCGUCGCCGCUCACAACCUUAGGCCGAUGGCAUCCGCAUAUGGUACCUCGAAGCUAGCGGUACUGAAGCUGACUGAAUUCCUAAUGGUCGAGGCGGGGAAUAAAGGACUGCUGGCGUACUCCGUCCAUCCCGGCGCCGUUCUCACAGAGUUGGCCGAGAAGGGCAUGCCACCCGAGACCCUUUCGGGACUUAGCGAUAACGUCGAUCUACCUGGAGAUACCGUUACGUGGCUCUCGCAAGAGCAUCGCGAAUGGCUGGCUGGAAGGUACAUUAGCUCUACGUGGGAUAUGAGUGAGUUGCUCGAGCGGAAAGCCGAGAUAGUGGAAGGGGAUAAACUCAAGGUUAGAUUGGUAGUGUAG